GCACAGCAAAUCAAUGAUGUCAUGUUCCGGGCGUCCAUAACACAUGCCUAUAUUUGGUAUUAUUAUCAGGUGUUAUAUUAAAGUGAAAGUGAUUUCAAAAUCACACCUCCGAUGGAUGUUGCUGCGAUAUCUCGAACUGGUAUAGAGUGCCACCUCUGAUUCGAGAAGAAAGAUGAACUCUUUUCUUUUGCUCUCGCAUUUUUGGAUUUUUGUCUCGGCAGACCUCUAUAUGCAUAAUCCUAGGUAAGAAAGCCCUUUCAGAAUUAAUAUAAAGUAUCAAAUUUUGAUGACUGAAAAAUACCAGCAGAUCCUGCAGGGUUAGCUCUUGAGCUGCUUUAAUAUUUCCAGGAGUAUUUCUACCGAACAGUCAACUAGUUUGCCUCCGACCCGUAAUGAUAACAGGGUAAUCCUUUCUGAUUAACUCUCUAUGGUCUUAAUAAUAAUUUAAAUUUAGAGAGUUCUUAAUUUAACUGUACAAUGUUCUUCAUUUGCUUCAGCUAAAACUGUUUUCUUUUUCAAUCUGUCUGAGUGAAGAUAUAUUUUUCUUGGACUUUUUAAAUGAGAGAAUUGCAUCGGCAAAUAAUAUUAAUUUACAGAACAAAUAGUAUUUGGGGGUCUUGAAUCCUAAUCAGGGAGUAAAACUUUACUGUUUAGCAAAACAGGAUGUCUUCCUGGACCAGAUCCUGUGAACAGAGCUUUGGAACAUUGUCAGGGGUAAGACUAACCUGUGGAACUGCAGACCGUGGAACUGCAGAAUCUGCAGAACAGCCGGAACUUACAGAACCUAAAGAAAUGACUGUUUUAUUACGACUCCCUUUGGCUAACAUGAUAAAUUAGUACAAUCAAUUAUAACAUUGAUAGACUGUUCACAGUCCCCUAUUUUUCCUUAAGAUGGUCGAGGUUGAGCACUCACCUUCACUGGCAGCCAUUUUGUGAUUGGAUUCAAAUGUACCGAGAGGGUGGGUCUUGGGGUCCCCAAAGCAUCCCCCACCCUUUAAGUAGGUCAAGCUAGACUCAGUCAGGAUGGGUGCCUGUAGCACUCGCUCUCGACGAUCUUCUGGAAAAUAGGGGACUUUGAACAGUGUAUAACACCAUAACAUUAAUUGAGAGGUCUGGUUCCAAAUCGGAAGUCCACUUAGUGGAUUUCCGGCUUGAUAGUACGUAGGAAGGUAAUGAGAGGUAUAUAUUUAAACAUAGUAGCACAAAGUUGGGAGGAUGAGAGAAUGUAUUUGUGUUUGUGAAAAAUAGAAGAUAUUGAGCGAGUGGCUGGGUGGUAUCCAACAACUCGAGGGAUACGUGUGGGUGAGUUGCUUGUGUGAAUGUGUUUGAUAGUACACACUGUAUGAACACGUUGUAUCUCCUGGCUGAGGAGACCGAGAUCAUAUCCACGUCUGUUAAGGUAUUGUGCUUGUGUUGAUUCAUUACAAUGCAGUUUGAACGUCUCGUUGAAUGAACAUAUACGUUGUAUUUGUGUUUGUGAAAAAUAGAAGAUAUUGAGCGAGUGGCUGGGUGGUAUCCAACAACUCGAGGGAUACGUGUGGGUGAGUUGCUUGUGUGAAUGUGUUUGAUAGUACACACUGUAUGAACACGUUGUAUCUCUUGGCUGAGGAGACCGAGAUCGUAUCCACGUCUGUUAAGGUAUUGUGCUUGUGUUGAUUCAUUACAAUGCAGUUUGAACGUCUCAUUGAAUGAACAUAUACGUCAUAUUCUCAGGGCAAGGAUGAAUGGAAAAGCUCAUUUAGUGUGUGAGGGGGACAUGAUGAACGUAAAAGGUACUGAUGUUCAUCUGUAGGUUUAGUAUAAACAACAAUUUCAAUAAUCAAUACCUUCAUUGAGGGACACCUUUACAUAGAGAAAGGAGAAAGAUUUGAAUGAGCAGUUUGAUAUAAAUUAAGCAAGCCGGAUUCAUGGACUUCCUGUUUUGGAAAUGAAAACAGUGUUCAGUGGUCUGUACUGUUUAUUGACAAUAGCUCUCGACCAAUCCACGGGCGAGAAAUUGCUCAUUCAUGGUAAAAAAUUGAUAAUAUUGUAACUAAUUAUUUUAUCACAUUAGCCAAAGGAAAUUGUAAUAAAACGGUCAUUUCUUUUGGUUCCGUAGGUUCUGCCGGUUCCGCGGUUUGCAGUUCCACAGAUUAGUCUUACCCCAUUGUCAGUCUCACCAUAUAUACACUUAUCUUAUCUAAUAAUUAUUAUUGAUUUUUUAAUCAGUCUUAAUGUUAUGUAACUGCAGGUGUCUCAGUUAUCUAUUUAUUUAUUUUUCUUUGUUUGGGGAUGUUAGAACUACCCAAGAUUUAGUACUACCCUAGCUCUGAAAUCUGUAUAAGAAUAAUGUGAUGAAUUAAUGAAAAUUUACACACAUUGUUGCUUAUUUAGAGGAUCCAACAAUCGUCUGGAUGAAGCUCGUAGAGAAAGAAAUAAUGCAAACAGGUCAGCGCUAAGUGUUUUUGCUUGUCUGCUGUUUUUGUAAAAUGCACAUCUUUAUUGACAGCAUGAUUCGUAUUAAUCCACGUAGGAUGUUUGACUCACAGAAUAAUAAUCGUGGAGGAUACAAUGUUGGAAAGUUGUACUACUAUGAGGGUUCAGUCUUGCCUAUUGAAUGGUAUGUUUAUCCAGUAUUUGCUCAAUAAAUAUUUAACCCUUUAAGUUUUAUACUACUUUAUGCCUAUUCACAUCUCAACUGCCCUAAGUAUUGAUGUCCACAUCCCUAAUGUACCUCUUGUGAUGUUUUGAAUCUGAUAGGCAACUUUGAUUAUGCACGUUAACUUCUGCACUGAAGGUCGAGAUUUUUUAAACCACAUCUGAAUAAAACGAUUUAGUCAAACAGACCCAGAGACAAAUGAAAAACAUUAAAACAAAUAUAUCAUGAAUAAAAAAUUCUUAUGAAAAUCUUGUACCACGAUUCUUUGGGAUUACUGUAAAGCUUUGAGUUCUUUUUUGAAUGAGCAGCAGCAAAACUAAACCUUAUUUAAGCAGAUUUGUAGCAUUUACAUUUUUCUACAUUUAUUUUGAUCUACGUCAAUCAAACGGCACUCAUUGACCAGAUUCGUGACAAAUCUAAUGUGUCAUCAACCUGGUUUUUUUGGCCGAAUACCAGACGUCCCUCCCACAAAAUGUUCCUAGUGGUAGGAUCUUCAUAAUGUACGUAGGAGAGGUGGCUGAAUUCACAGGCUACAGCAAUUACUUGAAGUCAAACAACUCUCUAAAAAGAACACAGCUACUGGUAAUACUUACAUGAAUAUCUUGCAACUAACUUGACAGACAGCUACAUACUGAUUUAUUUGCACUUUUAAGCUGUAAAAAAGUUCUACUUCAACUUUUAACUUUAUUUAAAUUCGUGAAUAAAUUACGAAAUAUACUGGGACUGGCAUGACGACUGCCAUGCAGUUAGCAAGGUUAUUCGAGGCAGGUCAGACUACAUAAUCACAUUAAACAGAAUAAAUGCCAAAAAAAUGAGACUUAAUAUAAGUAUAUAUCUACUAUUAUAUAUCUAAAAGGUUUUUCGGUCUUUUUUUUAAGAAAAAUUAUUUGAGGUAUCCCGUUCCAAAUUUUGACCCCAACACGCGAGAAAUAUACCUGCCAACUCUCACGCCUUAGGCGUGAGUCUCACGCCUGCGGGUUGAAAACUUCGAUCUCACGCCGGCUCACGCCUGCGGGCCAAUUUCUCACGCCUGAUUGAAAAAUGUGAGUUAUUGCCGUCUUGCUUGACACAAUUUCCAAAAAUAUGUUAACUCAGACCCAUGUAAGGAACGAAAACCAUGUGUGAAUGAAUAAAUAACAAUACCUUCCUCGCGAUCUCUGAUUUUGUGGAUAAGCGUUUUCUCGAUAACUUCGCCUUCGGCAGACUUCGGACGUCUUCGGAAGAUUUCGGACUUCUUCGGAAGACUUCGGACUUCUUCGGAAAUGAUCGUGUCGUCUGCAAAAAUCCCAGAACUCCCAGGAUAAAAAUCUCACGCUUAUAUCUCAGAAAAAGUUGACAGGUAUAAAGAAAGCAUUUCGUUUGACAUUGAGUCGAGAUUCUUUAGUAUGAAACUGUUCAGAGGUUGAGGCACCAAAAAAGGCAACGCGUGGUCAAGGAAAUUUUUACAGGCCGUUGCCGCAAGAGAUGAGACCGUAAGUUAGAUAAGGUGCAAUUAACCUGAGAUCAGGCCCCGGGCAGGGGGGGGGGGGAGGCUCUAUUUUCGUUUCGCUUCGUAAAUAGACUGCAAAACAGUCCGUAUUUUUGCGUAUUCAAGUAUGCGCGAGCAGUCAAACAAUUCCGGCAGGCAAGGCGAAACGAAAAGAUUUUAGCGGGAGCACGUAAGAGAGAAUGUAUGAGGACUGCUAAAAUUGGGCCUGCUGUCAGGUUAAGGUGCGAUUAGUGACUGAUAAAUAUUUAAGAGGUUGCAAGUGGGAACAACAUGUCUUAACCUCGCAAUUUAAGUCCUGGCCAAUUGUUUUACUUACUUUAUUUGCAACAGAGUGAAUAUGAGUCUUCCAUGAUAGUUUUUCAUCAAUUAAGGGAAAGUUCAUUUAAUAUGACAAGGGGGAUGAAGAUUUUGAAAGCUUGAAAUUUUAGCAGCCCCCCUUGCUAGCGGUUCAAUUCUUUAGGAGCCCCCUCCUUGGUAGUCGAAAAAAAUUUCAGAGCCCCCCCCCCCCCUCCUCCUUCAAUUCCUUUGCUCCCCUGAAAAAAGAUCGCUAGACUGUAUUAAAUAUAUUUACCGUUAUUGUCUUCAAUGGUUUAUACUAUGACAAAUUUGAGAUACAGUUGUGAUACAAUUUUCUAAAGCAUUUUUGGGAUGAACAAGAGUGUAAUAAUUACUGAGACUACAUUUGUUAUAUCUGUAAACCACGUGAUAUAGCUGAGUUGCACAGGUCAUUAAAUUGUUGAGUUGAAAACCAUCCGAUCUGUAUGAUGAUGUCAUGUGUUGGUUUUGAAGUAUACAAAUUUUCGGAGCCCCCCUCCUAGCGCAACAAUUUUUUCAGAGCCCCCCUUCGGGUGUCUAAAAAUUUUCGGAGCCCCCCCUCAAUAUCUUCAUCCCCCCCCCGUUGUCAUAUUAAAUGAACUUUCCCUAACAGUCCAAGAUAUGUAAUGAAGUUUUUACGUUCAAGAAUAACUCCUUUUAAAACCUUCUCUAGCUUCAUUUUAAGCUCCGCUACUUCAUCCUUAAGUUCUUUGUUUGCUUUUCUUAAUUUUGUUCACUAUUUGUCAUGAUUUUAGAGAGAGUUACCCCUCGCAACUCGCAACUCGCAACUCGCAACUCAACAUUCAACGUCGUCCGUAGAGUACCGAGGUUUAUACUAAGGAUGCGUUUCUUUGCUAAAAUUCAAAUCUGGAUUUUAAAUCCGAUCGUUUCUUUACUAAAAUCCAAAAACGGAUUAUUGAUCCAAAUGAUCCAUAGGGGAGAUGGAUUCUUUGGAUCACAUUCAAAACCGGAUACUUUGGACACACGAUCUUCUUUACCACGGAUCAGAAAAGAGUGAACGUUGACAGCGGCAACUUGAAACAAUUUUUACAAAUACAUCACAGGCGCCCCAAGCUGGAACGUAAUUUACUUUCUCACAAGAGAGUCGGUGUCGCAUUACAGGCAACCCUCGGCAACCGUUGAGACGUUGUACAAGAAGUAAAAUACAGGCAUAGAGCCAAAGAAAGUCGACUUAAUCGAUGAAUUCACACCAAAAAACACAGGAAUACAUCAGAGGUAAGUUGUUAUUUUAUAGAUAAAAAAGGUAAAAUAUAAUGAUAUUUAGCGUUCGCAGACCUCAGUAUUUUACUUCUCAUACAACGUCUCAACGGUCGCCUGUAAGGUGAGCUUGGGAUGCCUGUGCAUAUAUAAGCUGUUUGACUGCACUGCUCAUCUUUAACGCCAUUUUUGGCAUUUUUGAACCAGAGGUAGGGAUUAAACAAUCGAUCUUUUAUCUGUUUUAUUGGGGUGGUAAAAUCGCAAUAUAAACAGGGCCCGCAUUGUUCUAAUUGACAAGAACAAAACUGCUACACAACUUUGGCAGCGUGCUAUCUUGCAAGACUUUACUUUUCCGACACAUAUGUCAUUGCAAGGCUCAUCUUCAUUUGGUUCGUCUAAAAUAAAGUAGUAUCUUUGUGCAAAUCAUCCAGAAUAUUAAAAGCAAAGCCUCCGAUUAAACUUCAAAUGAAUAAGCUUUAAUACAUUGUAAAGAAAUCGAGAAAUCUAUAGUAACUUUAGGAGGGAGAUCAGCAAAAAUAUAUAUCCUAGAAAAAAUAACUCCAAAAAAAACAAUGUCUCAAGAGAUGAGACAAUUGCGCUUGUAGUGUCACAGCGUGUAGAGCUGUGCAAGACCGGUAGUUUUUGACACAAGCCCUCUCCAAGUUCACGUGCAAUCUGCUUUAUGUUAAUGAGACAACUGUUGUUUCCAACCCCAGUGUCGAACAGCUCUUUUAGAGCCAGACCCUGUGUGCGACUGAUCAGCAGCACUAGCGCAUCUGUGCCAGGUGAUCUUGCUAUGAUGGUUGAGUUGCUUGAGGUAUUCACUUCAGUAUGGUGCCACGUGGAGAGUGAUCUUGGUAUCGGCUUCUUCUUGCGUUGAGCAAAACUCUAGUAUUUCCUAUUUGACACUAUUUGGUCGCCAUUUACAGUCAAGACAUAAGUUGCCUUUCCUUCAAUGACAACUACGACUUGCCUUCCCCGCAUUUUUGUAGCAAAUCUAUGCUUCUGCUACUCUUCAAGAAGAAACUUAAUCAGGCGUUUCUUUUUCUUAGCAUUAGGAAGAAACUUCUUCCAGUUUCGUGGUAUUUUGCCCACGCGCAAGGAUCUCUAUCAAAGGUUUAGGGGGUGAAGUCAUCAUUGCCGACUUUGAAAGGACAGACUGUAAGACUGUUUUUAACCAUUCUUUAACUUUCUGCUUUGAGUGCUUAAUAUCAUUCAUUGCUUGAGCUCGGGCGUUGUCUCAACCUUUGCAUUGUAGAGUGGUCGGUUCGCUUCCUCCUAACUUUAGGUGUUUUUGGUUUGAUAUGAGCAUUCGAGUCCAUUCCACUAGUGCGUGUUUUGACUUCGCCGUACUCAACAGUUCUACACAUCAGUUCCUUUACAAGUUCUUGGGAUUCCAAUAACCACGUGCCUGCUUCCUGCAGUUCUUCAUGGUCAUCACACAAAGCUUGAAAUUCUCCAUGGUUGUCGAUCAAUUGAUCCGAAGGUCGAUUUAGUUGAGUACAUGCAAGCUCAAUUAACUUACGGUCUUUCCGUUCCGUUUGGUACUCCCUUAUGAUUUUCAUCUUCCGCGUCAAAUUUGCUGGCAUCGAUCUCCUUCUGUUCUUGAUUGUCUGGAGCUUGUUUUGGCCGGGAACUUUGGUGUAAUCACUCAAAUACCUCGGCAGGUUCCCUUCACGUGUCGCGAUUGUACUUUGCUUGUCUGCAACUGACACUUCAACAUGCCAUUUCGCCGAUAUUUUCGCCAUGCUUCGAUUCUACGUCUCUACAAUCCAAGGCCGAUCCUCCUGUAUCCGGUCUCCUGUAGCCGGCUCGAAGGAUCACCGUUUAUGGCUAUUCUCAGGCGAGAGAAAUUCUAUUCGAACCCUGGUUCAAACUGGCCUGUGUCAGGCUCUCGGUCAGUGCUGACGAACGAAAAAUGCGAGCGAGAAGUGAAAUAGCGAAUGAGUAAAAAUGCCCCCUCGAGGUAUUCGCGCAAGUAUUCUUGAUCCGCUUUCCUUACACUGAACAAGACACUACAGCCGUUUUUCUGAUGGUAUAACGAAGUUACCAUGACGACAGCAUAGGCGCGCAUCUUUGUGUUUUUGUUUUCAAAAAGAAAUUUCUGGGGACGAAAUACAACAGCUCGCCGAAAAGUUAGUAAACAAAAAUGCAAUCAAAACUACUAAGACUUGGAUCAGUGUUUGGAAGAUGUGGGCGACAACCAAGGGUCUUAACGACGACAUUUUAAAAUACAAUGCCAAAGAACUGAACGAGCAUCUCUCGCGAUUCGCAAAAGUGACGGCUCUGAGUAUGAGCCAGAUAUUCUAAAGGUCAUAUAUGGUGGCUGCUCUCGACAGACACCUGAGAUAAAAUGAAAGUAAAAUCUCCAUAGCAAAGGACAGAGAAUUUAUGGUGUGCAGACAAGUCCUGGAGGGAAAAGCAAGAGCUCUUUGCGAGAAAGGCCACGGAAAACGACCAAAUUCAACAAAAGCACUUACCGUCCAAGAUGAAGAGCAGCUAUGGAAGAACCAAGUACUAGGCGACCACAAUCCAAAAUCACUCCUUUAUACCUUAUGGUAUCUGCUAACCCUUCAUUUUGGCGUUCGUUGUUGCCAAGAGUACCAUGAAAUGUUCAUCUUGAACAAGUAUGAUCAAGGUACAGAGUACAUAACAUUUGAGAAAAACCCAACUAAGACCCGACAAGGCGGCCUAAGGAAGAAACGCACAGCUAUCGAGCCAAGUCCACUGGUGGUCCCCGUUGUCCAGUGUCGUUCUUUAAAACAUUUCUAGCCUGUUCCAGGCUCCGAGAUAGUGGUGAAAAGUCGUUCAGUAAAAUGAAAUGCGAAAAACGCGCGGGCUCGUUUUAAUAUGUCCGCACGAUACUAUCUGAGAGCCUGGCGCAGGCUAAAACAGUUCUUGCCCGCAGACCUGAAGAAAUGCGAAGAAAUGGCCCUUUUUAUCUCGCCAUUAUUGAAAAGUAGAAACCCUAAAUCCGAAGUCUGGUACAAGAAACAGAGACUGGGUGUCAAUAAGAUCGACUCCUUCAUGAAAAAUAAGGCCUUGGCAGAGUUGAAUGUAUAGAGGGAAGAAAGUCAGUUAACCAACCACUCGGUAAGGAAAACGCUUGUGAAGAAGUGAAGGCUUCCUAUCAGCCAAGAAGUGCUAUGAUCGGUGUAACAGGCUCCGCAUGUGAAUGCUCACUGGCAGACUAUGAAGAAGGUGACGAAACAGAGCAGCGAGAGAUCACGUCUAUCAUCAGCUCUCCUUUCUGCCAACCGGUCGAGAAUCCCCGUCCAGUUCUCUCCAGUUUACCCAUUCAGCAGAACUAUCCUGCCUCUCAAACAAUGACAGUCCACUUCUUUCAUGGCUGCCAAGUGACAAUCAAUUACGGAGCUGGCGUUGGUGUUUUGUAGCAAUUAAAUAAGAAUUCAAAAAGUGGAAGAAGUUAUGACUAGUGUCUGUACGUUACCUUAAUUUGUACUUUCGUGCUUCAGCAAGUACUGCAAAAAUAUUUAAAAAGACUUUCGUUGAACUUUUCCGCGUUGUUUGCUCGAUUUUUUAUGCUUUGUACAAGAAGCUGUCAAUCAUGUACGCUUUGACGUAAAAGAUGUUAGCUAUACAAAUACUUCUAAUUAGCACAGACAAACCCUCAUAAUACAUUUGUUUAGUGUGUAGUUAACAAAAUAAGGUGUGUUGAGGCUGAAUCACCUGCUGAUACCUGCCACAAAUAUUGACCUAUAUUUUACUUACACUGUAGGACAAAUCAGCAUUCUUGUGCAGAUCCGAACAACCACUGUGAAAUGAUUUUCCAGUACUUGUGUGGCGACAAUGUGAGAAAUGGAAUCACUACACAGUAUGUAUAUGUACAGUAUGAUAUGAGCUUCUUGUGAUCCAAAUGCAAAUACAGGAUUAACACAAAUCUGACGCAAUAUAUUUUUGUCUUUACUUUUUAGAACCAUCCCAGAUAACCCAGCAUUGUGUAAAAAUUAUGACUGCAAUAGCGAUGACAGGUAAAUUACAUUAAUUACAAAAAGUCUGCCUUUGUAAACUUUAAAUUUUAGUUUUAAAGAGGACUCCUUUCAAUAUUUCUGAACCUCUUUUAUAUAUUUGACCCCCAUUUAGACUGUGAACGAGCUUGAUUAUCACGUGACUCUGAUGGCUAAUACAUUUCAGAUUGAAUGUCAAAACGAGUCCCACGAUUUCACGACCUGUUUUACGCUCUCACGAGUUAAUAACUGAUUUCUCACGCUUUCUUUUAAAACUUACUGUGCAAAAACUGUUUUGGUGCAUUCGUAAGGUUCGUUUCCAAGUUAGACAGCUAACUGAACUCAAUCUAAAGAAAACGCCUCGCGUUUAUGUUUGCGUUCGCGUCAAGAUGGAGGGCAACAAAAGUGCGCACGUCAGCAGCGACGAGGACUGAUCGUGAUGAUACUGCUCCGCUGUUUCAAAAUGAUACGUGAAUUCUUGCACCUAUAGUUCUUGAUUGAACGUCUCCCGCUAGGAAAUUUGAGACAUCUCACGACUUUUAACCCCGUCACCUUACUUUUCCCAGCUCUAGGUUCAGAAUCUCAAGAUCGUUGCCUCUUGGGGGUUGGCAAGACUGACGUGACUGAACAGAGCAAAAUUCUUUCUUUAAUCUUGUUAUGUAGGUUUGGAAUGCAUGAGGAUUAUGAUUAUUACACAAACUGUAAAUACAGGAACAGAAACAAAGGGCUUUUUACUGCAGACCAGGUGUGGCCUGUUUUUGUUGUUGUUGUUGCACAAUGCAUGCUUUAGUGAUAGUCAAUCAUUGGCUGAGUUUUAACUUUAAAUAAGAACGUCACAUCAAGUACACACAGAAAGAGUUUUCUUGUCUAUGUCAAUUAAAAAUGGUUUUGAAUUUCUUUCUAAUGGCCAGGAAAAUUUUCCACGGUGAAAAAGUUUGGGUUCAAUUAUUAAGACAGGUCACAAAAUAUGAAAGAUAAACUCAGAUAUGUCCACCUAUUAACUGGUAGUCACAAUGGCUCCAAUAUUUUCCGUUUGAAUUAUACUAGGUGCAGACGUAAAUAACCUUAGACCUUUUUACCUUUUGUUCAAUAUUCUUAGAAAUUAAAACGUGAUUCAGCCACUUCCACAAGACAAAACCCAGGCGGGACACGGCACGGUUACGAAUGUCCAGAGGAGCGGGAUUAUUACCCUUACUGGCACCCCACCCCCUGGAAGGUAAGAAGUACAUGUAGUUGCCCACCCCUCCGUUCUACGGUCUAAUAUGUAGGCAUCGAUUCUAAUUUCAUUGUAAAACUUAGCAUUCCUCUUCCGAUGUUGAUGUUUUUCAGUCAGAGCGUUUCUUUCAAGUAGGUUCCUCGAGGUAGGAUUAUUUGAGUAAGCUAGUAUUGAAUUCAAUCUUAUGUUGUUGUAUUUUAGGACAUUGCAGUUUUAACAAAUGAUGUCUCAAGAUGUGAGAUGUACCAAUCAGAAAGCGAGAAUGUGAAAGGACGGUGGGCCUGCAAGUUACCCGAAGAAUACUUAAAAAAAAUGAAAUGGAGAAAUUACAAAAUACCAAACAACGAAAAGGACUGCAAGGUACAACAAAAUUAACAACGACAACAGCGUUAAAGACAAAAAAAACUCAUGUAAAUUGUGUGAAGAGUCUCAGUCAACUCCUAAGCUCGUACAAACUUUAGCACCGUGUUUCAUAAACACAUAAGACAACAGUAUGCGACACGCCUUCUUGAUACAACGCGAAUGAAUCCGAGUGUUUCUUAUGUUGUAACCCAAGGUAUAGCCUUACGGACGUUUUCGUUUAUUGUUGAGAAUUUUUGCAUUUAACAAUACUUUGCAUUUAUUUAUUAACAGUAAUUGACAGUUGACUGAAAGAGGUCUGCAUACAGUUUCAGUUUCAGUUUUAGUUUCAGCCGUUUUAUGUCCGUGGUUUGACGUAGGCCUUCCCCGUUAACCACCGCUGGUCCACGUUUUGCGCGACACGGUGCUAGCGUUUUAUGAAACUAUCCAAGUCGUCACUCCAUCUGUCCUUGGUCUUCCUCGGUUCCUUUUUUGCCGCCGGGGGCGUCCGGAACGUAAUGUGGGUCGUCAGUGGUUUUCUGUCGUUCUCGCCACAUGACAAUCCCAAUUCCGUUUGAGUUUGCUUAUCUUUUCCAUGAUAUCUCAUACUUUUUUCUCGGCUCUAAACUUACGUCCAGGAUUCUGGACAUAUCUCUGGAUCUAUUGAACUGUUAACAAACUCUCCACCUGAUGCAAAGCAUGAUUCUUUCGUGGGCUCUCUGCAUAGUUCUGAGUUCAACGUUUGUUAUUCGUAAGAUUCAGCUCUACUAUAUAGGUGACUGUUGGUAAGAUGCUCAGCUUGUCAUCCGAAGGAGAUACGAUGUUUGAUUUCUUGUUCCUUUGAGGCGGAAUCCAUGGAAACGCAAUGACCGAGGUCGAGGUAAUGAUCGACUUCUUCGAUUUCGUUGCUGUCAGUGAAAGUGGGUACGUCUUAGUCCUCAGUGAACUCGUUGUACACAACCUUGGUCUUCAUAGGUUCAUGCUGUGCCCGACUUUAAGGCUAGCUUGGUUGAGUUCGUGUAGCAUUUCUUGGAGUUCUUAAAUACUGUUGACAAGAAUUAAUGAUGUUGACGGCGAAGCCUAUUUCCCUUUCGUAAACGGUCUUUGUCCAUUUUUAACUGUCGAUGCCACCGUUAGUAACCAAGCCUUAAAAGUCAUGAUAGAUUUAAUAUAUUCCCUGGACAAUAAGAAAAAACAAGACGCUGUGGGAGCGUACAUUUGGACGUCUAUGUACUAGGCGUGUGUGAAGAUUUUUAUGUGUAUUAGGGAUGUGUGAGUUGUGUAGUAGUGAUGUGAAGUAUAUGAAAUAAUUCAUUUUUGAACUACAGUUGUAGAUGAGAGUGAAGAAUGAUCAUCGCAGUAAAUUUUCCAAUUUAAGCAAUUAGAAAGAAGAAGCCUGAAAAAAAAAAUGAGGGCUUCAACUGGAUUCGAACCCGUGACCUCCGCGUUGCCGGUGCGUUGCUCUACCAACUGAGCUAUGAAGCCACACAUUGGGAGCGAGUUGCAUUGUCACGCAGUUAGCACGUGAAAACUUUGGAAAUUGCCGUUUUGUGGUUUUUGUAUGAUAGAAUACAACUUAGGGCCUGUUUACAUGUAGGUGGGGGACCCCAGGUAGGUGAGGUAACCCGCUUAGGUGAGGUAAAAAAAUAACCCUCCUUUACAUGCAAUCUUACAACCCCGCCUUCCCGGGGUGCACUUUCUCAAGAUUAUUAAAUGGUCGCUAAGCACGUAAACAAGAAAAAUGCUGGCAAAUCACGAGUUUUGGCGAUUAAUGCACUUCUUCACUCACUUGUUGCUCUUGCUGCAACCCGUCAGUGCAAUAGCUUUCUAUUGUUAACUUUAAUCAUAAUGCAAAGACACCGCGAAAGUGAAUUUUGCGCGAAUUUGAUGUAUCACGAAUCCGACCCCGGCCAGGCGGGUUACCCCACCUUGAAACGUUUACAUGACAAAUUGUGACCCCGGCUGAGAGGGUAACCCGGUCUGGUAGACCGGGCUACCCGCCUUGGCGGGUCACCCCACCUAUCAUGUAAACAUGAUCAAAUGAAAAUGAGAGAUUAUAUGGACAGGCGGGUUACCCCCCCUAAGCGGGUUACCUCACCUACCUGGGGUCCCCCACCUCCAUGUAAACAGGCCCUUAAUCUAAUUAACCCAAAGGUUUUAAAAAUAGACGCGGUUUGCACGUGAAGAUGUUGGACUCUGCCCCUUUUACAGUUCGACCGUGAAAGAAUGCAACUUGUUUACGUUUUGUGUAGUAGUGUUGUAUUUUUUAGGGGUUGUUUGAGAUGCGGGAAGUGGAAGGUGUGAAGUUAUAUUGGACGUGAAUUGGUAAGAUAAUAGCUAUAGUUUGUUAAUCAGUGAAAUUUGUUUGUCAUAGAAUUUAAUAUGAAGUAACAAGGGAGGUGAAAGUGAUGUUAGGUUUUGCAGUGAGGUAGUUGUGGAAGCGCUAAUUUGGUUAUGAAGGGAUAGUGUAGUUACAGUGUGUUGAAAUGAGGUGGUGCUUGUGUAAAACAUACUUGCACUUAUUUUAAACGUUGUCACGCUUUCUGUUUAGGAAAAAACGUUCAUUUCAUUUAUAGAAGGGGUAUGAAGAUGUUGAAGGGGGGCUGAAAUUCUGUGUGUGUGCUCGGGGGGUUUGAAAAAUGGGGGAGGUCAAGGGGAGGGGGUAAAAUCUGAUAGAACUAUAGGCCUGAUUACAUAAGCCGUGCUGGCUCACUUUGCAAGAAAACCCGGCACCUUAGUUAAAUGCAACAAAAAUCAACUUUGCGAUUAUAUGACAACCGAGCCAGCCCGGAUGGAAAUUUCCAAGCAAUCGCGCUUGCCGGGCGGCCCGGCGAAUGAACCAAGCGAUAAACAGCUCAUGUGAUUAGGCCCUUACUGUGAGUUGUAUUGUCACGCAGUUAGCACGUGAAUACUUUGGAAAUUGCCGUUUUAUGGUUUUUGUAUGAUAGAAUACAACUUAAUCUAAUUAACCCAAAGUUUUUAAAAAUAGACGCGGUUUGCACGUGAAGAUGUUGGACUCUGCCGCUUUUACGGUUCGACCGUGAAAGAAUGCAACUUGUUUACGAGGUCAUUUUGCUCUAUAAGAUUUUAAGAAAUCACCUCCUUUCCGAAAGCAUACAAUGAAAUUAUGCAUCAUUCAAUGUUACCCUUGAUUAUCUCAUGCACAAGAUCAUGAAAUUUUGCGUAACAUAUUCUUUGGCGCUCGGCAACUGAAAGUAGAGAACUAUUGUCAAACUCUUGGCAAUAAGCCAAACCAUUCACUUCGUAUUUAAUAGUUUGUUUCACUCAGUGUACCUUGUUUUUCCAAAAAGUUUGUUUUCUAUUUCCGAUUUGUUUGCCGGGCGUUAUCUGUGGGUCGCAUGUAACGAAGAUAAAUGGUGUGUUGUGACACAGCGCGCAACAGACAUUCGCGUCGCUUGGCUUGUUACGUGGCUUGUUUACGUUCGCACGUAUUGCGUGCUUAUCGCAACUUUGAAUCAAAACAAGCGAACUCGGUUACUCUAUUUGGGCGACGCCCAAAUAAUAAUACGUUUUUGAAUAGUCUUCGAAAGAACGACGUUGAAGCCCAAGUUGAAUUUACGUAAAAAGUUUUGGAAAGGGCUAGGGUCACCUGUUAGUCGUAUAUCGGUUAAGAAAAACAUUUUGUUAGUUUAUGUUAGUUUGGAAUUUCGGCGAGUCGGUGUGGUAGUCAGUGGAGAGAUAAGAAUACGAAAGCCGUCCGGUUUCGAGGUCCAGGCUCAACACUGUGUUGCGAUUUCCUUUUUUUUUCAUCGAAACACUCUCAUUAACAGGUCAAAAAUUUUUUCAGUGUCUUAAAAAUGACGGGCGACCUUUUACGAAAGGGAAAACUGCGACGGCGAACCGUAACCGAUGACCGAGGUAAUCACCAUCUAUUUUCAUUCCCUUCUUUUUUCAUCGUUGUUUACGAAAGACAUUUUCCAAGCAGGCAAUGAACAGUUUGGGAGAACUGGUAUCGUAUCACCUUGUCGUAAUCACCUUUGCAGUCUGAAUAGUUUGGAGUCUUAGUGGAUUUGUAGGAUUUGGCGUACUUGUAGGUGUGUUGUAGAACGGUGAUUUAGACGAGUUCGAUUCCUUACUCCUUAAGCGUAUCGAAGACGUCCGGAAUGAUCUCGACCGAGUCCAAGGUCCUGUUGUUGUGAACCAGACCCACGGCUAGAGGAAAUUUGUAUCCUUUACAUUUUUCGAUUAGUUUGUUUACAACGUUAAAAUGCAAUGGUCUGUUGCGGGAAAUCCCUUGUGGAACCCGGCUUGUUCUCUUUUUUGGCGCUGGUCAUUUGGUUCAUGAUGACUUUGAAAAGUUUGUAGAUGUUGUUUAAAAGGCCUAUUGGACGGAAGUUGGAAAUGUUCUUAGGGUCUCCUUUCUUGUAUAGCAGAAUAAUGAUCGGUUCAUUCCACUUUUAAUGAACCUUGCUUUCCCUAGGGCAUUCGUUAAAGAGGACCACUAACCUUUUGUAGAUGGUUUCAAUUGUGAUAUUGGCAGGUCGAGGAGCCUUUCCGUUUUUUUGAAUGCUUGACCGCAAGAGGUUCUAGUUUUGCACCUCCGGAUCGGGAGGUUCAAGGUCAGGGCUGUGCCAUGAGUAGAGUCUUUCAUAGAACUUUUGUGCUCGGUCAGCAGUUCGUCCCUGUCUGUUGUCAACGAGCUGUCCUCCACAAGAACGCCUGUAGAUUGAAGCUUUCCGGUGCAGAGUUUUUUUUUUCGUCUGUGUGCAGGUUCGCAUACAAUAACACCCGCGAAUAAGAACCUUUUUUUGUGUCUGGCAAAAUAGUUUCCUGUAUUUUGGGUUACUUAUUGGAAAUUCAGGCUAAGUAAGUUAUUAUUUUCUAUGAAGGAAAAAUUUGAUUGAUGAUUACAACUGAUUACAGAAUUGAUAUACAAUUUGGUACAGUAUAUUCUUGUUGUACUUAAAUUUAUGUAAAAUCAAAGUUACACUCCGUGGUUAAAUUAUUUAUCAUAAUUUACCUGUGACCCACAUAUAAGAACCUGCUUGAUUUUGCUUGGCUGAAAAGGUUCUUGUAUUUUUGGCUAUCAAAGUGGCAAAUUUCUGCGAAGAGGUUCUUAAUGCACUAGGUUGUUAUGCGCGGGUGUUUACUUUGAUAGACUUGACAAUAUUAUUUUAGAAAAAAUACAAAAAAUAAGAAACAACUCAAAGGAAUAGUAUAUUGAGACAGCCACCCGCGUUCUUAUUUUUAGAUAUCUGGACAGAAAAUUUCUACUUUUUGUACUUGACCAAACAGUGACACAAACUGAGAGGUUGCAAGUAUAAGAUAACGGCCAGACACGUAUAAGAUUCUUCAAUUGUAUAUUUGAUUUGCAGUCAAUAAAUGCCACCUGGAAGGAAUUUCCAUCACAUGGACUCCCUGCUCCCGAGUGCAGGGAAACAGACUGGUCACGUGACAAUCACCUUGGCAACGGCAGGGGAGGAUACGCGAACAAGUACAACUGGACCGUUCCUGAUUUGGAUCAUGAAAACUGCGUCUUGCGAAUCAGGUAUACAGUUCCGCUUCUUACUGGUAGACUUAUUAUUCUGACAUAUUUACUUUUAUUUCUCUGCUAUGCGAGAUCAGAACCACAUGGAAACAGAUUACCAUUAAUCAAACGACACAACGAGCGCCGCCGCUAAUUGCCGUUUGAACCAAUCUAUCAAGUACCAGUGAUGUUGAUUUUGAGGGUCAGAAGUACGUAAUCGAUUCUUUAAAAAAUCUGUUUUAUAAAAUUGCAUGUCAGAAUGUGAGUCUAGGAAUGUGUUAAUGUUGAGUCACAUGCCACAUGUGUCAGGGUUGAAUAAUUAACAAUUAUGGACGAGGUUGAGCAAAAUAUCGUGAUUUGUCUGUGGCGAGCAGAUCAAAAUUUGCUUCGAAUGAUAAUGUAAGUAAUUAUUUAUGAGGCCCUGGUUAUUAGUUAAAAUGUGAACCCCUUUUUGGAUAGCAUGCUGAUCAUUGAACCAUUUCUUUAGAUACAACAUUUCCACUGGUGACUAUGAUGGUUGGGACCCAUCCAUUAACAGCUCUAUGAAUGGAUUAAAGCAAACUAAGCUUGAUAUUGGAAAAAAUUACAACAUGAACGAAACUGUGGCUGUCCAGAGAGGUUAUGUGUACAAACAAAAUCCUGAGGUUUUGCUGUUUCCGGGCUUUGAUCUCAAGCUAAGACUGGCUGUAAACACCAACCAAUACGGCAGGGUUUUCCAGGACAGGUAACUUCAGCGAAUUGGUGAAAACUGAAUGUAUGCUUUUCGUGUAAAGAUCUUAGUGUAUAAUUCAUGAUAAUUCAUUCGGGACACCUAACCCACGUACCUUACUAUAGACCUGUUGGAUCUUGUGUAUUUUGGCAUUCUUUGGCCCAGUAUUGGUCGACAAUAUCGGCUCUUUUCGAGACCGGUCUCGAAAAAACGAAUAAACAAUCUUGUAUUUGUUCCCUAGGGCUGUUUUAAGUUCUGUUCCUUUAUUUUCGGAUGCUUUACAAAAUUUGUACCAGUAAACAAUCAGAUUCCGUUUGCCACUGGUACUUGUUUCUACCCUAGCCUUUCCGUCUCGUUUUGCUUAACGAAACCAUUCGUUACCAUCCAUGUCGGAGAAAAGAAAAGACCCGCAAAAGUUUUAUGUUUUGCAUCUUCUAGGUCCCAUACUUUGGCAGUGCGCAAGAGACCUUCAGAUCUUCAAAACGUGAGGAUCCACAACUUAAAUGUUCGUGGAAAGCGUGGGAAUAUAGUUCAAGUUUACCCCGGUGUGGAGUAUGACUUUGUACCCAAUACCUUGCUUGUCAAGGAUGGUGAUUACGUGCACUUCCAGUAAGUCUUCUAUUUGGUUUCCUUCACUGGUGGCAACGACAGCUUUUCACUGAGGGACACGUUGGGGGCCCAUUAAAAACCGCAAACACUCCCUGCCCUUUCCCGUAAUAAUAAAGAAAGAAUAGACGAGAACAGAAAAACCUCACUCACCCAUUCUGAUUUUGGAAAGAACAAAUAGACUUAUUGUUACUUAUUUAAAACUUUGAAAAGAGACGAUUUAACCAACAAUCGCCAAAGGCACUUUUUAAUCGAAAAACAGCGACUUUCAAGAACGAUGAAAUGAUGUUAAAAAACAGCUUUUAAAGGCAAAGUAGCUCUUCUUAGUAAGGCAAAUACUAGAGGCGGCUUUCUCGGUGCUUUAUUCUACGAAAUUUAAAAAAUAAAGCCAUCAACCAACUGUAACUGCUUCUUACUAUGCUCCAAGGAAACUGCUCUUCUUUGAAUUUAGUAAGCAAGAAAUUAUUGUUAAUUCUUUUCUUCAUUUUGGAUUUUUUAUUCCUGAGUAGUAGCUAUCUGCUCUGCCGGCCCAUCUCUUUGAAAUCUUGAUUAUUACAUUUUUUUACACCCAUUAUUUAGGUGGACUGGUUCAAACACGAAUCCCAACAAUAAUGAUGGACAAGGGAAAGCGGGAACGGAUCGCUCAAAUAUGCUGCUACUUAACAGCGAUGAAUGGGGAAGAAAUUAUCCAACGCUACUGGACAAAACCAACUUUUUGGGAUUGGACAGAAACAGUCUGCAUAAUCUGGCGCUACUGGACAAAAGUAAGUUGUCCAUUACUAAACAUCUUUAACGUAUUUCACACAGUUACGUUCAUUGUGCACGAUGACGACCGACAAACAAAUGGGGGGAAAGGGGUACAAACUGGCAGUCUAAAACAGUUCUAAACCCGUUUCUGGUCGGAUAAGCGCCGGUGAUAACCCUAUUACUGGUCAUAAUUGGUGUUAUGACCAAAGCGGCCGCCUCUCAUAGCUCUCCACCGCUACAUGUAUACCUGUUCCUUGCGAUCUGUUUUCUGGUUUAAACAAUGAGCAAGAUUUCGCACCUGUUUUGAAAUGAUAUGCUCUCUCAUGGACUAUCUUAUGUGGACUUUUAUGAUUGCUUAAACUUGAUUCCAAUUUUUUGUUUCUUAUCAGGUCAGUUUGGCGGUGAAAUGUCAGAAUUGGAUGAUGCUGGAACAUACUUUGACCUUGGACCAAAGAAAGUGACAGGAACUGGAACCUUCUUCUAUAUGAGCACUAGGAAUAAUAACUUCUCUAAUCGCAGUCAAAAGGGACGCAUAAUUGUAACAGAUAUCGAGAUGAUCGUCAAGAUGAUCGGUAGACUUGGUGGCAGUUUGAAAUUUGCUGAGUAAGCUUCAACAAAACUAAUUAUGUGAAAGUAGCAUUAAUUGUUAGUUAUUGCUCGUGCGGUUGACGUAGUCAAGUCAAUGAAGUGACUAGUUUGUUUCACGUGACCGUCCACGUAAACGAAGUCCAGAGGAAAGUUGUUGUUAGCGAUCAAUGGUAGAACCACUUCACGUUGCGAGUUCAGUUUCUUACAUAUGAUAAACAUCGCUAAAUUUAUUUUGACUGAAACAGUUACUGUAAGCUGCCAAUAAAAUCUUAUGAAAGUGAACAUGAUCUUUGCAAUAGAACGAACAACCUAAGCAGUCGAUAAAAAACCUUAAAAAUUCGACUGGGAAGCCUGAACGUUUUAGGUUCUUUUUCAACCGCUUAGGUUGUUCAUUCUACUGCGAAGAUCAUGCUCACUUUCAUGUAUUUAUCCGCAGAACAAAAUAUGAUUCAUUUCAUAUGUUUCAAUUGCAUAAAAUCAUGGUUGUAUUUUUCAUUUUCAGUGGGCAGCACGUGACCUUCAGCCCCGAAACCCUGCCACGCUUGCAGCCAAUCACUGUUCAGCUUUUGUCCGCAGACCAAGGUGAUAAGAUGAUUAAAGAGAAAGGUGGUCGGAUGGGCGUAGGCCAUGGUUACGCCAGCGAUUUCUUGACAGUGAACCCACACUCUCUGAAGACAGAAAAAAAGUUCAAAAUCGGGAUGAAAGUGGACUCCAGCGCCGCCUCUAAAAUCCAGUUUUACCACUCAUCAGACGCGAUGGGCUUGAAAACCUGGUUUAAAGUGAGUGAUGUGGAUAUAUCUGACGGGUUUGCCGUUCUGGAAACAAGUGAAGGUAAUACACGGACAUUUUGAAAUGCGGUGUUACAUUGUUAGAUAAUUGACAGUUGAAAUUGUUAAAUAAAGUCUGAAACUGCCAUAGAACAGCACAACUCAAACUGCUAAGACUUAAAAAGUGAAUCUUGUUCAAAAACUGCAUUUUAUUUUGAGGCUCAGACGUAAGGGCUUUUUGUCUAGCUAGCGUUGUUAUAGAAAUAGUAUUAUGACUCCAGAAAUUUCCAGAUGCGUGGAGUGGUUUCCACUGGGUGAAAUAAAAACGCUACAAGAAACAUUGAUCAGUGUGAUAAACAAACCUUGAAGAGUAGCAGAAUGAAAUGCUGCCAAAUUUUAAAAUUCUUAUUUCAACUUUUUUGCAGGCGGUGUUUAUGUCGCACGAACACUGCCCAACGAAGCUGCUAUUGCUGGAAUAGUGAUCGCUUGCAUUCUUAUCGUCAUCGCAAUUGGUGGAUCAGCGUUUUACUUUAGGCGUCAUCCUGACAAAUGGAAAAGUGUGAAGAGUUCUUGUAUGAAAGCCUGUAGAUCAUGCAAGAGUAAUGUCUAAUGUUAUUGAUUUGUAAUCGCAUUACGCGCGCUCACUCGCGCGGGAUUCGCUUAACUUACUCUUUGUAGGUUAGAUCUGAUUGUAAGUCGACAGGUUAGGAACUAUAUAUAUAUAGAUUUUGUUGCUCCGUUUCCACUUGAAAAUGUGUACUUUAAGAAAAACUUUAAUAAUUUUGAGAUGUUUUUUUUUAUGUGAAGUUUCAUGAAGCGAAGAAUUACUGUUAAAUAUAAUAUGACACAAUUUUUGUGCUUUCUUUCGCGUUGUCAGAACUGUUCCUCCAGACAAUAAACCCAC